UGCCCCACUCUGUUAGAAGACAGAGAAAGAGAGACCUCUGUUACAGAGCGAGAGACCUCUGAGAGAGAGGGAGAGGGGGAUGAGCUAUCUUUUCCCUGCGUCUACCUUCCUUCCUCUACGGGAGGCACGAACCUUCCACAGCAAUGUCCCCAAAUUUGGAUCAAACACCUUCCCCAUCCAACGGCACCAAGAUUCCCUGGUUCCCUUCCCAUCCUCCUCCUCUCCCGCCCGCCGCGUUUCCCUCGAGGCCCCCUUCUGCCCGCUGGUGGCGAGGGCAGAGGGUAACCAGGCGACGUUAACUUCGUCUGCGCCGCCGACCUCACCUCCAUCUCCCUCCGCGGCCGCCGAUUCCCCGGCGGAGCUGGUGAGGCGAUUCUACGACGGAAUCAAUGGCCGCAACCUGGAAUCCGUGGAGGAGCUCAUUGCCGACAACUGCGUCUACGAGGACCUCAUCUUCCCUCGUCCCUUCGUUGGCCGCAAGGCGAUACUUGAAUUCUUCAAGAAGUUUACAGAUUCUAUCAGUGCAGACUUGCAGUUUGUGAUAGACGACAUAAGUGGCGACGAUUCUUCAGCUGUCGGGGUCACAUGGCACCUUGAAUGGAAGGGGAGAUCCUUCCCUUUUAGCAAGGGCUGCAGCUUUUAUCGAUGCGAAGUGAGCAAUGGCAAGAGGAAGAUCAUUUAUGGAAGAGAUAGUGUGGAACCUGCUCUGAAACCUGGAGAGCUGGCCCUGGGUGCCAUCAGAGGAGUAACUCUGCUUCUUCAGCAAUUUCCUCAACUUGCCGACCGCUUAUAGCAAACCAAUUGGAAGCCAGCACAACAGUUGCUCCCUUCUCAUCCUAGAACACUGUAAAUAUGUAAUUUGACAGCUAUUUGCUUAUCUUCGCUUAGUAAUAUCAUACAUGAGGCUACUUUUACCUAUCAAUUUACUAUACCAAUCUGUACCUUUUUUUCUUCCCUAAUAUAGGAUUACUUUUAGAAGCUAUUACCAUUGAAGACCGAAAGUGUGUAAUUUAACAGUUAUCAAUUACUUUAAUCUGUGUCACUGUUGUUUA